GCCCCGGCCUGCUCCGGGUCCUGGUCCUGGUCCUGGCGUCGGUGUUUGAGGCGGGAUGUCUGCUGGACUCCGGGAUGCUGUUUCCCCGGGAGUCCUCCUCCAGGGAGCGGAAGGAGCUCAGCGGGCUGUGGGACUUCAGGGCGGACCAGUCCCCCAACAGGAACCGGGGCUUCGAGCAGGCAUGGUUCAAGAGGCGGCUGGCGGAGUCGGCCCCGGUGACGGAGAUGCCAGUUCCCGCCAGCUACAACGACGACAUCACCCAGGACGCCUCCCUGAGAGACUUCAUCGGCUGGGUGUGGUACGAGCGGGAGGUGGUGGUGCCGACCCGCUGGAUCACUGACGACGGAACCAGAGUGGUUCUCAGAGUGGGAAGCGCUCACUAUUAUUCUAUAGUGUGGGUGAACGGGCUGAAGGUGGCGGAGCACGCAGGCGGUCAUCUGCCCUUUGAGGCUGAGAUCGGCGGCGUGAUCCGCAGAGACCCGGGUCUGCCGUGCAGGAUCACCGUCGCUGUCAACAACACACUGAGUCUGGAGACUCUUCCUCCAGGAGUCAUCCAGCACAUGACCGACCGGACCAAGUAUCCAGAUGGUUUUUUUGUGCAAUACAUCUACUUUGAUUUCUUCAACUACGCUGGAUUACAUCGUCCUGUGCUGCUCUACACGACGCCGAAGGCCUGGGACGACAUCACCGUGGUGACCGAUUUCACGGACAAAACCGGUCUGGUCGACUACAAGGUGUCGGUCCAAGGCGGCGUCAGCCACCCUGAAGUCACUCUGAUGGACAAAGACGGCCGCUCGGUGGCGUCCUCCAGCGCGCCAGCCGGAGUGCUAAAAGUCCCAGACGUCAAGCUGUGGUGGCCGUACCUGAUGCACGAGAACCCAGGUUACCUCUACAGCCUGGAGGUUCACUUAAUGGCAGCCGACGAGAGGUUGACGUACGAGGACGUUUACGCUCUGCCGGUCGGCAUCCGCACCGUCAACGUCACCAGCACGCAGUUCCUCAUCAACAACAAGCCGUUCUACUUCCACGGAGUCAACAAACACGAGGACUCGGACAUUCGAGGUAAAGGCUUCGACUGGUCCCUGAUCGCCAAAGACUUCAACCUGCUGAAGUGGUUGGGGGCCAACUCGUUCCGCACCAGUCACUACCCGUACGCCGAGGAGAUCCUGCAGAUGUGCGACCGCCACGGCAUCGUGGUGAUCGACGAGUGUCCGGGGGUCGGCAUCAAAGACAUUCGCAGUUUUGGAAACGCCUCCCUGACGCAUCACCUGGACGUCAUGGACGAGCUCGUGCGUCGGGACAAGAACCACCCGUCUGUGGUCAUGUGGUCGGUGGCCAACGAGCCGGCUGCAGAGAUGCCUCCCGCUGAAUACUAUUUCAAGACGGUGAUCAAACACACCAAAGCUCUGGAUCCAACCCGACCCGUCACUUACAUCACAGACAGCAACUACGCCAGAGACAAAGGGGCUCCCUUUGUGGACGUCAUCUGUGUGAACAGUUACUUCUCCUGGUACCACGACUCAGGACACCUGGAGGUCAUCCCCAUCCAGCUCAACACCCAGUUCGAGAACUGGUACGGGAAGUACCAGAAACCCAUCAUCCAGAGUGAAUACGGAGCGGACGCCGUGCCGGGGCUUCACAAUGAUCCACCCAUGAUGUUUUCCGAGGAGUACCAGAAGGUGGUCCUGCAGAGCUACCACGACGUGUUCGACCAGAAGAGGAAGCAGUACGUCGUCGGUGAACUCAUCUGGAACUUUGCCGACUUCAUGACUGCACAAGGGAUCACGCGUGUGGUGGGAAACAAGAAGGGUGUUUUCACCAGGCAGAGGCAGCCCAAAGCAGCUGCAUUCAUCCUGAAGGAGAGGUACUGGAGGCUGGCCAACCAAACGCACAGACUGCCUCCUUGGACCAAGUACCCCUGCCCUCUCUGAUACCACACCAGCACACGCUCAAGCACACGCUCAAGCACACGCUCAAGCACACGCUCAAGCACACGCUCAAGCACACGCUCAAGCACACGCAAACACGCUCGUGGAAAAAUUUCAGUGUGUGCACAUAUAGGACCAAACCUCCAUGGGAACAUAAUUUACUUAUGACUUCCUGUAGUCUGCAGAUAUAAAUUAAACUUCCAGUCUGGAACAUUUCUAAGAUGUAAAAGUAAUUUUUGAUGCUGAUUAAAAAUUGGUGCUGCGUUCGCAUGGAUUUAGGUCAAAGGAAACCGGAUAUUUUAGUGGAUUAGAGCAGGACGAAAGAUGAUAGCAGCCUUUUGUUUUCUUUUUCUUCCUAACUGCACGUUACAGUGACAUUUAAGGGUCACUGAACUGAUAAUGACAGUAAGUCUGUGAUGCCAUGACAGUGCGGAUUUUCUGAGAUGGUUAUCGUACCAUGAAAAUCUCAAAGUGUUGCAACCUGAGAAAAUUAAUUUCUUUCGAAAA